AUGGCCAACUAUGUCGAACUUGCAGCGCAAGUCGUCCCACAAAACAAGACAGGACUUGCGUUCCGUCUUCGUCCCGCCUGCGGCUAUCUGCCCAUGCCAUUGUACAUGGGAUGGGAUACCGAUUCGCUCACGGAUGCACCCGAUAGUACGAAUAUCCCUCACCUCAAGCUGACAGACAUGUUGUCUGGAGCUACCAGGGAAAUCCAGGCACCCUGGAUGCACGCGUUGUACACCCGUACCUCCUCGUGUCGCAACGGAGUAACGCUGUUGUAUCUCAAGGAAGUUGGUUAUUCUUCGCGCCUCUCGUGGCGGCAUACGGUCAUAGUAAUGGCGCUUGCUAUUCAGCUAGGGCUUGCGGUAUACGGAUUCGUGGGAGGGCAGGAGAGGGAGGGGUGGAUCAUCCUACUCGGCUUGAUUGUUAGGGUGUUGGAGGGUGUGGUAGCAUGGGCAUAUCCCACCACUCUUCCUCCUAGGAUCGUCAAAAAGCCCAGAUUUUAUGCCUUGCAUACCGGCAUGACCACAAAUCAUAUUCUAGUCGUCGCGCAUGAACCGGCAACGAAGAAGAAUCGUGGCGUGGAGUACAUCAACCUCGAGGAUGCCGCCGUGCCUCUCUCGAGAAACAAUGCAUCCGUAUUGGAAUCUUCCUGCAACGGAGCAUUGAAAAUCCUUGGUUGGUCGCAAAAGGUCAUCGCUAUCCUAUCCCCAUCAAAUGGGUUUCUCCUCUCCGCCGCGCUUCUCUUCGGAAGCAUUAUCGUGGAAGUGCUAUCCAGGUUCACUGAUGCACUUCCUGCAUAUUCAGCCAACACUCCUUUGGAGACUGGGGGAAGUCUGCUCUGCAAGCUGACUGCUGUAUGUCAGGCUACGGAUUGUGUUUCUGUGGGACUUGUAGAAGCGAUGCUUCCCGAUCCUGCUGGGGAACAUAGGGACUACGAAUGGAUAUCCAAAGUCAUCAAAGAUGGCGCGUCCAAUGUGGGUCUUCAUCCUACGCAUCCAGAAGCCCAUUCUAUUAGGACGACUGCUUUGAAGAGAAGAACUGUUCGGCGAAGCACGGGUGUUUGA